AGGGAGGAGGGCGUUUUUGCAAAACUGUCAUCCCCUUCCUGGCUCUCUCCAGCGAUUCCCUCUUCGCGAUGCGCCCGAGCCGCCGACUGCUGCCGCCCCUGCCGUUGCCGGCCGUCCCCGCCGCCGCUCUCCGGCGAGGCUCCGCCUCAAUAUCCUCCUCCGGUUCCCCUUCUUCUCGACGCUGCCCUGCACCUGCUUGAGCCCCCACGGCUAACCCCGGCCGGAAGCGCGAUUCGUUUUGCUGUUCAGAUCCGCGUUGAUUUGCUGUCCCCGACUUGUCCCGAGUCCUAACCCUAACCACAGCCUAGGGUAGCAAGCCUCAGGCCGUGUUCCGUUUGAUGGCAAAUUAGUUUGUUCCUGUCAAUUUCCUUAGAUAUUCUGGUUCUUGCUCAUUUGUCUAAUUAAUGUCUUCCCUGAAUCAAUGAAUAAAUAAUUCCAGCUGGCAGGACAAGCUGAUACAGGCAUGAAUCUCGCUGAGGCGCUGCAAGGUGCUCUGUCUCAGGAUGUUGACGAACGGUCAGAAGCAGAAGGCGACCUCGAGCUGCUACGGGAGCACGAUCUUCCCAACUUCCUCCUGUCCUUAUCGUCCGUGCUCUCGAGCGAUGCACAUCCACCGGCGUGUAGAAAACUUGCUGGCAUUGUUCUCAAGAAUUCGUUCGAGGCAAAGGAUUCCUCAGAUAAGAAGCUACUGUCUAACAAAUGGAUCAACCUAGACCCAUCCAUCAAAUCGAAGGUCAAGGAGUUGUUGCUGGCGUCUCUAGGAUCUCCGGCUGAUGCAUGCCACAUCUCACCAGAAAUCAUUGCAGUGGUUGCAGCCAUUGAGAUGCCCCGGGGGGAAUGGCGAGACCUCGUUGCCAAACUGCUAGGCAACAUGACGCAGCAGGGCGCGUCUCCUCAACUGAAGCGAAGAACUCUUGUGGCGUUGGGGCUUGUCUGUGAGGCGAUUGAGGUUUUGGGGCCGGAAGAAGUGGAUGGUGUUGUGAAUGCUGCCGUCCAGGGGAUGAUGGAGCCAAAUUCUGAUGUCCGUUUCGAGGCAUUUAAAGCUCUGUAUGGUGUUCUUGGUUUUGCUGAGGUCAAGUUUACAAAUAUGGAUGACAUGGAUCGUAUAAUGAGCGCAGUUUGUGAAUCUGCUAAAUCCAAAGAUCCGGGCAUCCAGCAUGCAGCUAUCGAUUGCCUGGUUGAAAUUGCAUGCACACAUUUUCUGCUGUUACAACCUUACAUGGCAACCAUUCUCAGUCUGACAACUGAGUGUAUGAAAGGAGAUGAGAAAGCCGCACACCCGUGUAUUAUGGUGUUCUGGAGCGCUAUCUGUCAAGAAGUGAUUAUACACAGGGGCUCUGCUGAUGCUGAACCUACUGCAGAUUGUCGCUUUAUUGAGGAGGCCCUCUCUUCACUUGUUCCAAUGCUGCUAGAAUAUCUUGUGACCCAUGAAGAUCUAGAGGUAGAUCUAGAGGGAGAUGAUUAUGAUCUGAGAUUUACACUAGGUUAUGAUCUAAGAUUUGCCUUAGGUUAUGAUCUGAGAUGCCAACAUGACCGGAGAGCUACCACACGGUGCCUAGCUCUCAUCGCUAGAACUAUUGGGGAUGCAAUUGUCCCCCUUGUGAUGGGCUCUGUUCAGGCUAACACCAAAGCGUCAGAUUGGCGUAGGCGCAAGGCAGCUAUUUCUGAAAUACGUUUUAUCCUUGAAGGUCCUUCUGUUGAGAAACUUUCUCCCUUGGUUGAUUUAUUGCUCGGCAUGAUGGGAGAUCCAAACAGCGAGGUAAAAGUAACCACUGCACGUACUCUUGGGCGGAUGUUCGAGCUUCUGCAUUCUCCAGCAAGUGGAAAUGGAAUCAUAACAAAUGCAAACCUUCCUCGCAUCAUCGAUGUGUUAGUAGAAAGGAGUGAAGAUACUCAAAAUGUGUCCGAAAAAGUAUGUGGAGCUAUAUAUUUUCUUGCCCGAGGUUAUGAAGAUUCAGAGUCAAUGUCGUCUGAGCUUCCACCUUUCCUUGAUCGUGUUGUUGAAGCUCUUAUUUCUGCUUCAGAACCUGCCGAUGGGACCCCUUUCAGGCUUCCAGCAUCUGCCUAUGAAGCAUUGAGUGAGAUUGUGAAUGUCAGCCACAUACGUGAACCUGGAGUUACAUAUGUUGUAGAAGGUUUAAUGCGUCGUAUCAUGAAAAGAUUGUGCAUGACGCUUGAUCGCCGAGCUUUUGCUUUAGAUGACAAGGAGAAGAAAAACAAUCUUCUGGUUAGGCUGUGUGCUCUACUGCAGGUCAUCAUCCAGAAACUGAGAAGCUCAGGAAUGGCAGGGAUAGUUACCGAUGCUGCUCAUGUUUUGUUGUUUCUUUUUUGCCGAGUGUUUGCGAGCGAUAAUUCUGCUGUACGUGAUAAAGCAAUGCUUGCCAUUGGCGCUCUUGCUAACGCCAGUGGUCCAGAUUUCGGGGAACACAUGCCAAUAUUCAUACAGUUCUAUGAUGUGCACCUACUCUCCCCCAUCUCCUUAGAAGUGAUUGGUGAUAUCUUUCAUGUCUUGGAAGGUAAAAUGUUGCCAUACUGUGAUCAAAUUAUGGAAGUUCUUCACAAAGGUCUCUCAGAAUCGACGCUUAAACCCCUAAUUUUCUCAUGCUUUGGAGACAUUGCUCUUGCUAUUGGCAAGGAUUUCGAGAAGUACCUGAAGGAUGUUCUGAAAAGGCUUAAACAUGAUGCUAAUCUAAAAAACUGUGCCGAUGUUGAGGUUGAUUAUGUUAACCAGCUUAGACAUGGAAUGCUAAAGGCUUACUCUGGCAUACUACGGGGUAUAAAGGACCCUGAAAUUGGGUUGAAAGUAUCAGUGCCUCUAUUUAAAUUCAUUCAAGCUGUCUGCAGAGACCAGAGCAGCUAUCUCCCUACGGAUGACUGUCCCUGUUCAAUACCACCAUGAUGUGUUUUUUCUUCCAUCAUUUUCAUUGCCUUGCUCUUUCCUGUUGGUAUAUGUGCGACUAUUCUUGUUCAUUACCGUUGCGUGCAUCUACUUUCAGGGACCAAAGUGUGAGCCUCGCUGUAGCUGAUGUCUUGGCGCAGUUUCAUCUUAUGGCUGGGUCAUGGGCAGAGGAAAUGACUGAGAAAGCAAUGAUUAACUACCAUGAGGGUGUAGGUUUCUUCUGAGUCCAUUUGGUGUGGAUGAAUGAAAGGAUCAACGUAGAUGUAGCCUCAGUAGUAGGAUCCUUCUCAUCUGUGCACUAUUUUGGUGGGUUCUGGCAUCGGAUUAACUUAAAAUUCUGUCAUUGGGCAGGCUAAACUUGUUUAACUUUUGACGAAUCUGGCCCUAGCUUCCGAGGGACUUUCACCCACUCUGGAUGUCUUUUAGCAUAGCAUCUCGUUGCACAAGCAUCUCAUCCACACUGUACAGGCAUCUCUGAGAACAAAGUGUAGCCAGCCAUGUGCUGCUAUUGCUGUUAAUUAUGUUGCUUGAACCGUAUUGAAGCAUGAAGAAUGCAUUUGAUUA